GCUGAUAUUGUGACACACUUGAACUCUCGUCAUGCGAUGGAAGUGCGCUUCCUGGAUGAGUCUGCUCGCCAUCAUGGCCGUGGACGUCGUCGCCACCACGAUCGGGAUCAUCGUCCCGUCUGGCAGCUCGUACGGGGCGAUGAACGACCGCAUCCACGGUAGCAUCACGUCGAACGCAACGGUCCCGACCGACGUGCUGAUCGGGUUGCGGUUCGUGGGCGACAAGACGGUACCCGAAGUGUCUCCCAACCCCGUGGUUCUCCAAGCAGGCACAUCGAUGGCGAACUUCUCCAUCGUCGGUCGGUCGCCUGGUCGGUUCCACGUCGACUGGGAGCUGCUGUCAAUGGGUUCCCCGUCUCCUUUCAACGAGUCGUCACCCAUGUACGCGUUGAGCUCGUCGUCCGGGGCGUUUGUCGUUUUCAUCCUCAACAACCAGUGGCCGUCCGUGUUCUACCAAGUAGGUCUCAACGUAUUCGUGCUCGUGCUCGGCCUCGGGUACUUUGCCUGGCGCCGCACGUCCCACGUCUCGAUCCCGUUUUGGGGCGCGCAUGUUGAAGGUCUGUUCCGUCCGGUUCCAUUCCGCACAGACGAAGACACCGCCGCCUCCUCUUCCAUCUCCGAAGAAGACCCUCAGGAUCCCCUUGAUGCUGCUUCCCUUCGCGACCGCUUUCUCCGCUUCUGGCGCUUGCCAAUCGACGACAAACUCGUGGUCGACCGAUGCGGCAUGGAGACGGCGCUGUGUCUGCACUUUCUCAGGGAUGCCGGCCACGUUUUUGUCGGUCUCUCGGUCCUCAGCACCGUCAUCCUCGUGCCCAUUAACUACGUGUCGGGCGGUGCCGUGACCCAGUCGUACCAAGAAGCCACGAUCAGCAACGUGCCCAUGGGCAGCCAUUGGUUCUGGGGCCACGUCGGCAUGUGCUACCUCUCGUCGGCCGCCGUCUUCUGGUUUGUCUACCGCCAACACGAGCGCUUGUCCAAACUGCAUCGGGACGAUCCGACCCUCGUUGGCCCGCGCAGUGUGUUCAUUCAAGCGGGGUUGCCGCCUUAUAUCUCCAGCCGCACCCUUUUCCAGCACCUCUCGCAACUGUACCCGUCCUCCUCCCACGACGUGGAAUCCGUGCGAGUGGUGGACGACCUCAGUCAUGUGUAUCAAAUCCUGGGCCAGCGCAUGGCGCUGCGCAACGAAGCGCGGCGUCUCAUGUCCAUCUACGGAUCGGCUUCGAUCCCGAUGUUUGUGCGAUGGUGUCCUGGAACCAGCUGCAUGCCGUCCCCCACAGAUCUGUGCUACGACUACGCCGCCGGCCUGCCGUGCCGCCGCCGCCGCCGUCCUCCUAAAGAUGACGACGAGGGGGAGGUGCCGUUGGGAGAUGCCGAGCACGGUAGUAGUACUAGUAGUAAUCCUGGGGACUUUGUCUCGAUCCAAGACGACAACGACGUCCUGCCGCCACGCAUUCAACGGCGGCUCCAGUUCAUUUACCAUGAAUUGGAGCGGUAUCCCCAUGAACUAUUGACCAAAUUCAAGGCGCGAAAAGGCACGGGCGCGGCGUUUGUCGUGUUUCGAUCGACGGCUGCCAAGAAGGCGUUUCUCGAGCAUGCCGUCGCCACCCAAUCCCCCGCAACCAAACUCAGAGCGCACGUCGCUGCAUCCCUCUUCCGCGUGCAACAGCAUCUGCGUCGUCACCCCCUUCGUCACCGCUUUCGUCAUCCGUCGUCACCGUCGCUGGUCGAGUCUUUGCAUUCUUCUCCGUUGUCCAUGUAUUUGCCCCAGCUGAUCCUGCAACCCGCGCCUGAACCCAACGACAUUCGCUGGCCCAAUCUUAUUUCUCGACCGCGGUCGUUGAAGCGGACGCUGGUGCUGGUGUUUUACCAAGGCCUGACCAUGACCAUCUUGCUGCUGUUUUCGACGCCGGCGUCGGUCCUCCUGUACGUGAAUCUGGACCCGUCGAGUCCGUUGUACACCAAGUUGCUUGAAGACACUUCGAUCGUGACGGGGUUUCUCCGGUCGUAUCUGCCCACGUUGCUCUUGGUGACCGUGAAUGCACUGCUGCUGGUGGUGCUGUUUUACUUGUCGAUUUUCGAGCCAUGGAUCACUGAAACCAAACGCAUGCGCAGUCUCUUGAUCAAAGCAUACAUCUACCUUGUACUGAGCUCGAUUUUGUUUCCGUCGAUUGGAGUCACGGCCGUGUAUGCCACGAGUCGGCAGUCGAAAGUGAACCCGCUGGACUUUCAGCAGUCGACGCAGGCGUCGUACGUCAACAGCUUCCUCUUCAACGUGUGCAGCAACUUUUUCAUCUUGUACCUGUCCCAGUUAAUCUGCGUUGGCACGGUGGUGCAAAUCUUACGCACGGCAGAACGUGUGAUCUACCAGCCAUGGCUGCGCGCACGAGCGGUCACAUCGUCCGAGAUCGUCGAGGCGUGUCGCCCGGCUCCGUUUUACUUUGGCGUGGAGUACGCACUCUACUUGAGUGCAUUUUUGGUCACGCUGCUCGGGACGACGCUGUCGCCGGCGCUGGUCCCGUGCGGCGCCACGUACUUUUACACGCGGCUGCUCUCGACCAAGUACAAUGUGCUGUUCGUCCACCCCAAAGCCCCAGGACGCGGCCACGUCACGCGCUCGGUGCUGUCGCUUGUCUUGGCCUCGGUCUUGCUCUUUCAGAUUGCCAUGGCGCUCAUCUUGUCCCAGCUUGGACGACGGGAACAUUGGAUCGCUGUCUCAGUGCUGGCUUGUGCGACACUGGGGGUGAUUGUGUGGUGGCACGCGACUGUCCACGCCGCCCUCGAAGACGAAGAUCGGCAAGCUGGAGAUGAUGAAGAAGAAGGAAGAGGCGGCGAACGCAUGCGACGGAUGUCGUCGUCGCUGUGUUUGAGUAUGUUGCUGGAUGCGGCAAGCCACGAUGCGUUUCUGCGGGGGGUGCCGCCGCCGCCCGCGUACCAAAACCCGUACGACACCGGCCUGAAGUUGUUUGCGGCGCUCCAUCGCAUCUUCCAAGUGCCGACAUCGUCGCAUGAGUUGGUGGCGUCAGCGUGGAAUCGGUGGAAACAAACAGCGCUUCAUGUCUCGACAAUCAAGGAUGGCAAGACAUGUUGACGGAUGCUGGGAUGUAUAUAAUAUAUAUAAUUACUACACGACGAA